AUGGCAGAGAAGGCACCCCCUGGCUUAAACAGGAAGACAUCAAGGUCGACACUUUCUCUUCCACCUGAACCGGUGGACAUCAUUAGGAGCAAAACGUGCUCCCGUAGAGUGAAAAUCAAUGUGGGGGGCCUCAACCACGAGGUCCUGUGGAGAACGUUGGACCGGCUGCCCAGGACCCGCCUGGGGAAGCUCCGGGACUGUAACACGCACGAGAGCCUCCUGGAGGUGUGCGAUGACUACAACCUGAACGAGAACGAGUAUUUCUUCGAUCGGCACCCUGGAGCCUUCACUUCCAUUUUAAAUUUCUACCGGACAGGGAAACUCCACAUGAUGGAAGAAAUGUGCGCUCUCUCCUUUGGCCAGGAGCUUGAUUACUGGGGGAUCGAUGAGAUCUACUUAGAAUCCUGUUGCCAAGCCAGGUAUCAUCAAAAGAAGGAGCAAAUGAACGAAGAACUGCGGCGGGAGGCGGAGACCAUGCGCGAGCGGGAGGGAGAGGAGUUUGAUAACACGUGCUGCCCGGAGAAGAGGAAGAAGCUGUGGGACCUGCUGGAGAAGCCCAACUCGUCCGUGGCUGCAAAGAUCUUGGCUAUCGUGUCCAUCUUGUUCAUCGUACUCUCCACCAUUGCCCUGUCUCUCAACACGCUACCAGAGCUGCAGGAGAUGGAUGAAUUCGGACAGCCCAAUGACAACCCCCAGCUAGCCCACGUGGAGGCCGUGUGUAUCGCCUGGUUUACCAUGGAGUACCUUUUACGUUUCCUGUCCUCACCAAAUAAAUGGAAGUUCUUUAAGGGCCCGUUGAAUGUUAUCGACUUACUGGCCAUCUUGCCAUAUUACGUCACCAUCUUCCUCACGGAGUCCAACAAGAGCGUGCUGCAGUUCCAGAACGUGAGGCGCGUGGUCCAGAUCUUCCGAAUCAUGCGUAUCCUCAGGAUCCUGAAGCUCGCCAGACACUCGACGGGCCUGCAGUCCCUGGGUUUCACCCUCAGGCGGAGUUACAACGAACUGGGCUUGUUGAUAUUGUUCUUGGCCAUGGGGAUAAUGAUAUUCUCCAGCCUGGUAUUUUUUGCCGAGAAGGACGAAGAUGCUACCAAGUUCACCAGCAUCCCGGCCUCAUUUUGGUGGGCCACCAUCACCAUGACCACUGUCGGCUACGGUGACAUCUACCCAAAAACGUUAUUAGGGAAGAUCGUGGGAGGCCUGUGCUGCAUCGCGGGAGUUCUGGUGAUCGCCCUUCCGAUCCCAAUCAUUGUAAACAACUUUUCUGAGUUUUACAAGGAGCAGAAACGCCAGGAGAAGGCCAUUAAAAGGAGAGAGGCUCUCGAGCGGGCCAAGAGGAAUGGAAGCAUCGUUUCUAUGAACUUAAAAGACGCCUUUGCUCGCAGUAUGGAACUGAUAGACGUGGCCGUGGAGAAGACGGGAGAGUCGGCCAACACAAAAGACUCCACGGGGGAUAACCGCCUCUCUCCAAGCCGGUGGAAGUGGGCCCGGAAGGCUCUGUCGGAAACAAGCUCCAACAAGUCUUACGAGAAUACGUACCAGGAGGUCAGCCAAAAAGACUCCCACGAGCAGCUGAACAACACUUCUUCCUCCAGCCCGCAGCAUCUGAGUGCCCAGAAACUGGAGAUGCUGUACAACGAGAUCACCAAGACGCAGCCUCACUCCCACCCGAAUCCCGAGCGCCAGCAGCAGCCCGAGAGGCCGUCUGCGUACGAAGAAGAGAUAGAGAUGGAGGAGGUGAUCUGCCCGCAGGAGCAGCUGGCCGUGGCGCAGGCCGAGGGCAUCGUGGACAUGAAGAGCACCUCCAGCAUCGACAGCUUCACAAGCUGCGCCACCGACUUCACGGAGACCGAGAGGUCGCCCCUGCCGCCGCCCUCCGCUUGCCACCUGCAGAUGAAGUUCCCACCCGACCUCGCCCGGAUAGAAGAGCACCAAAGAGCCAGGGCCCCCCCAUUCCUCACCCUAACCCGAGAGAAGGGGCCCGCGGCCAGGGACACCAGCCCGGAAUACGCUCCAAUCGACGUAACUGUGAAGCUCGACUCCAGCGGGUCCCAGGCUGGGCCCCACGGCCCCUUGCAGUCGGACAGCGCCGCCGAGAGCCCGAAGAGCUCGCUGAAAGGCAGCAACCCGCUCAAGUCCGGAUCGCUCAAGGUGAACUUCAAGGACAACAGAGGCGGCGCCCCGCAGACCCCACCCAGCACGGCCAGGCCGCUGCCGGUCACCGCGGCCGACUUCCCACUCACCGCCCCGCAGCUCAUCAGCACCAUCCUCUUAGAAGAAACCCCCUCCCAGGGAGACAGACCCUUGCUGGGUGCCGAGGUUCCGGCACAUUGUCAGGGACCCUCCAAAGGGCUGACGCCUCGGUUUCCCAAGCAGAAACUCUUCCCUUUCUCAUCCAGAGAGAGGAGGAGCUUCACGGAAAUAGACACGGGCGAAGACGAUGAUUUCUUAGAGCUCCAAGGGACCACGAGGCAGGACAAGCAGGCAGACUCCAAGCCGAACUGCUUUGCAGAUGAGCCUAGUGACGGAAGAGACCCUUUAAGAGAAGAGGCCUCUGUGGGCGCUUCCUCCCCACAGGACACAAGUCACAACUGUAGGCAAGACAUUUACCAUGCUGUGGCGGAAGUAAAAAAGGACAACAGUCAGGAAGGGUGCAAGAUGGAAAACCACUUGUUUGCCCCAGAAAUUCAUUCCAACCCAGGAGACACAGGUUACUGUCCCACACGUGAAACCAGCAUGUGA